UAGUUCAACCAAGCUACAAAGAAGAUAAGUGCCUUCAGAUCAGAUGUCCUCCUCCUCCACUACCCCAUCUGUCCUCCUAAAUAAUGGAGUUCAGAUGCCAAUCCUGGGUUUGGGGACCUACAGGCUGGUGGGUUCUGGAAAUAUCUACCAGGCUGUGGACGCAGCACUGGCUGCAGGUUAUCGGUCCUUUGACAGUGCAGCCGUCUACCGGAAUGAAGCUGACCUGGGCCGUGCCCUGAAGGAGCUCCUGCCCAAACAUGGCUUAACCCGAGAGGAUGUAUUCAUCACCAGUAAGCUGGGCCCGAAGGAUCAGGGAGAGAGAGCCAUGGAAGGAGUCCUCCACAGCCUGUCUCAGCUGGACUUGGGUUACAUUGACCUCUACCUGAUCCACUGGCCUGGCACACAAGGUCUGGUAGUAGCUGACCAACACAACCCAGGCAACCGAGCUCAGAGUUGGGCCACACUGGAGGAGCUGCAUGCCCAGGGGAAGCUGAAGGCCAUAGGAGUGUCCAACUACACACCAGCACACAUGAGAGAACUGAUGCAGAGCUGCAAAA